AUGUCAAGUCCAUUAGACUCCAUGACAGCGCUCUCCAGUGCCGUUUACUUUCACCAGCCUCCAAAUGAUUCCACCUCUUCCAGAAGAAACGACUCUUCGCCAAAGCUCGUUCUCCUCCUCGGCUGGGUCGCAGCUCGAGAUGCACAUCUCGCAAAGUACAUCGAUGAAUACCGACAGAUCUGUCCGGCCGCUUGCAUCCUGCUGGUCAAAGCCGAGCUGGCAGUGAUGGCUUCUGCGUAUGUGGCACGCAGGAACAUUGCCGAAGCGAUUCCAGUCAUACGAGAGAUCGUCGGAGAGGCAGAGUCGUCCAAUCCGGAAACACGCAAGAACCCUCAACUCCUGGUCCAUUUGUUCUCCAACGGCGGCUCUUGCAUGCUCUCGACGCUCUACGACGUAUACGCUGAGAAGUCUUCGACGUCGUUGCCACAGACAAAGUCGAUGCUGGAUAGGGGAUCAGCAUUUCGAGUUCUUCCUCUUCACAUCACCAUCUUCGACUCGACACCAUCGCUCCAGUACUCGCACAGCAAGAUUGUUGCGAGCGUCAUGGCGGGCAUUCCACGUGGUGCCUUGCAGAUUGUCGCCUGCCCGGUCAUUCAGCUGCUGAGCCUUUUCUGGCUGGUCAGUAUCCACGUGUUCCGGAAGCGUGAUGAGAUGGCCUAUUGGGCUUCUUCCCACAACGAUACAAGCAAAGUCCACGAGGUGCGAAGAGUUUACGUCUACAGCAAUGCCGAUAAGAUGGUUGCAUAUGGCGACGUCGAGGCGCACGCCCGUUGUGCCGAACAUCGUGGAUUCUCAACCACCUUGGAGCAUUUCUCGGGAAGCCCCCAUGUUGCGCAUGCGAAGAGCGAUACAGAGAGAUACUGGCGAAUAGUGAAAGAGGCGUGGUCGGAAAGGUUGAAGGCAAAGGCACCUUCUCCUCGAAUUUGA